CAGGAGGAGAAUCUUAUAAAAACGUUAUCUGAUGAAUAAUUUUUGUGUUGUUAUUAAUGCACAAAUAUAAACGAAAGAGUUGCAGAGAGACUCAAAGGUUGUUCAUUCAUUCAUUUCAUUUGCUAAUAACAAUCUCAAAAUUUAUUUGUAUACAAACAAACAAACAAACAAACAGUUGUAUUAUUUAUUUAUUUAUUUUCUCUGUGCGUUUUAUGGGAUUUUUUUUUUUUGUGAAAGAUCAAAACUUGAAGCAUUUGCACGUUGAAUCUGCAAUAAGAAUCGCUUUCUGGGUGGUGGGUUUGUCCUCAAUUGCGCCACCUACUCCUCCUCUCUGAGAGCGAGAGCUUUCGGUGUUGUUGGUGUCACGGUUUUUGUGUACACGUGGCGUUGAAUCAAAGACCAGCCCGAGAUAAAAAGCUUGAUUGCGAUGUAAAUUUGAUUGAUUCUUUCAGAGGUAAAGUAGUGAUUUCUCUUUUUAUCAGAAUCCCAUGUUUCAAAUUUCUGUAAUUGUUCAUUGUAUAGUGGGGUGGGAGAGUUUCUGAUUGAAUUGUAAUUGUAAUUUUAUUGAUUGAGUUUGGUUUUUGGAUUGGGAAAUUAAUGGGUAACACGUGAGAGUGAUGGAAGACAGAUAGGUUUGAGUUGGGUCACCCUGAGAAUCGUGUUUGAAUCUCAUUCUGUGUAGUGGUUGAGAAGCUUCUUGUAUGGUUUUUUUUUUUUUUUUUUUUUUUUUUGACCUUUACGGUGUUUCUUGAAUUCAGUGUCUGAAUCUUUUUGUUCAUUUAAUUUCAGGACUUGGAUUAGUUGGGUUUUUUUUUUUUUUUUGGGUGUGUGUUGUGGGGGCAAACUUUGCUCGUUUGUAGCCUAUGUUUUGGAUCCAUAGUCAACCUUGGAUACCGUGGUUGUUGCUGUUGUUAGAUUAAGGGGAGAGGGAUCAUGUUGUACUGAGAAUAUGAAAUGGAGAAGGAGAACCAAGAGCUGCCUUGAUGCUCUCUGAGAUUGCUAAAGGAUGUUCAUGAAUUGAAUUUUGGAUUUGUGGGAACAUUCUGUAGUGGGAAAUAGUGAACUUUAGGUUCUUUUGUGUAGAAUAAAUUUGAGUUGGAUUCUUGGUUUUGUUAGGAUUGUAUUGCUUUCUUCAGUUUGGAUUAAUUUGUUAGGAUUGCUUGCAGUCUAGGCAAUGGUUUGCUAAGAGUGGCAAAUGAGCAUACCAUAAUGAACGGGGCUGGUAGGAUUGUUUGUAGAUGGACCCCCAAGACAAGACAUUCUCUGAGCUAGUUGGGAUUGUGAAAUCAUGGAUCCCUUGGCGAUCUGAGCCGCCUAACGUGUCGAGAGAUUUUUGGAUGCCCGAUCAGAGUUGUAGAGUGUGCUACGAGUGUGAUUCUCAGUUCACGGUAUUUAACCGUAAACAUCAUUGUCGACUUUGUGGCCGAGUUUUUUGUGCUAGGUGUACUACAAAUUCAGUUCCUGCCCCAUCUGGUGACCAGAGUACUUCCCGGGAAGAGUGUGAGAAGAUUCGAGUAUGUAAUUAUUGUUUCAAGCAAUGGGAGCAGGGCAUAGCUACUCUUGAUAAUGGGAUCCAGGUUGCCAACCUGGAUCUUUGUACUUCACCAUCAGCAACAAGUUUUGCCAGCACUAAAUCUAGUGGCACUGCUAGUAGUAGUAUUACACUUGGCUCAAUGCCAAACCCAGUUGAUUCUUAUCAGCGAGUUCAACGCAGUUCAGGUCUCAGCCCACGUCAAUCAUCUUUAAUGGAAGCAAGCAUGGAAAGAAAAUGUGAAUUGGCUUCAGAAGGGAGCAAUGAUCUUGUUUCAGAUGUAGGGAAUCCAAACCAAUAUGAAUUUUCAAUGAACAGGAGUGAUGAUGAUGACGAUGAGUAUGGUGUAUAUCGGUCAGAUUCUGAAACAAGACACUUUUCUCAAGUCGAUGACUACUACAGUCGGGUUGACUUUGAUGAGCUGAGCAAUGAUGGUUCGCAUAAACUCCAUCAUGAUGGGGAAAACGAUACAAAAAGUUUAAGCAGCUGUUCGUUACAUCACAGUUUUGACUCACAGGGUUUAGAUGGAAUUCCACAGAUAGGAAGAAAAGAUGAAAAUGAUAUUGUUGAUGAGUGUGAAGAACAUUCUUCUAUAUACGCUCCACAGGACGUUGAAAAAGAACCUGUGGAUUUUGAGAACAAUGGACUUCUCUGGCUCCCCCCUGAACCAGAAGAUGAAGAAGAUGAGAGGGAAACCGGCUUGUUUGAUGAUGAUGAUGAUGGAGAUGCCGUAGGAGAGUGGGGAUAUUUACGCUCCUCAAGCAGUUUUGGAAGUGGGGAGUCUCGCAAUAGGGAUAGGUCAGGUGAAGAGCACAAGAAGGCCAUGAAGAAUGUGGUUGAUGGGCAUUUUAGGGCUUUGGUAGCUCAGCUAUUGCAGGUUGAAAACCUUCCUGUAGGUGAUGAAGAUGAUAGAGAGAGUUGGUUGGAGAUCAUAACAGCUCUGUCCUGGGAGGCUGCUACACUUUUAAAGCCAGAUAUGAGCAAAGGUGGAGGGAUGGACCCUGGUGGAUACGUGAAAGUAAAAUGCGUUGCUUCCGGACGUCGCUCUGAGAGUGCGGUGGUCAAAGGAGUAGUUUGUAAGAAAAAUGUGGCUCACCGACGAAUGACGUCAAAAAUAGAGAAACCUCGCUUGUUGAUUCUUGGGGGAGCUCUUGAGUACCAGAGGGUUUCCAACCUCUUGUCAAGUUUUGAUACUCUGUUACAGCAGGAAAAAGACCAUCUAAAGAUGGCAGUUGCAAAGAUAGAUGCCCACAACCCUGAUAUCCUGUUAGUAGAGAAAUCAGUUUCUGGACAUGCACAGGAGUACCUUCUUGCAAAAGACAUAUCACUUGUUCUUAACAUCAAGAGACCACUUUUGGAUCGCAUAGCCCGCUGCACAGGUGCCCAAAUAGUUCCUUCAAUUGAUCAUCUUUCAACACCGAAGUUGGGCUACUGCGAUGCAUUUCAUGUAAAGAGGUUUCUAGAAGAUCAUGGUACUGCUGGACAGGGUGGCAAAAAAUUGGUGAAGACACUUAUGUAUUUUGAAGGUUGCCCAAAGCCACUGGGUUGUACUAUUUUGCUUAGAGGUGCUAAUGGAGAUGAGUUGAAGAAAGUGAAGCAUGUGGUUCAGUAUGGAGUUUUUGCCGCAUAUCACUUGGCCGUGGAAACUUCUUUUCUUGCUGAUGAAGGGGCCUCCUUGCCAGAACUCCCAUUGAAUUCUCCAAUAAAUGUUGCACUUCCAGAAAAAUCAUCCAGCAUUGAGAGAUCCAUCUCAACAGUACCUGGUUUCAGUGUCUCUGUUAAUGGAAAGGCACAUGGAGCCCAACAUAUUGGUGAACCACAAAGAACCAUUAGUGGCCCUGUUUCAAAUAAUACAAAAACUUUUUUACCCAAUGGACAUUCUCAAUCCACUGAACCAACUUUGGAUCUGAAAGAUUCUACAGUUUUUUCUGCUGGUCCUUCAGGAAAUGCCUUUCCAGAUUCUUACCUUAAAACACUUUCUCCCUAUCAUACCUUUGAGGAGAAAAUUAAAAUGGAUUCCAAAGAACCCUUGGAGGGGGAAACUUCUGCAGGUAAUAACAGAUCAGCUAUUAUGAAUAAUCAUCUCACUGCCAAUGGUUUUGGGCAUAUAGAGACAUUGGGACAAGAUGUUAUGGCAAACGAUUUCCAAAAUAGUCCCAGUGCAAUGGCUGUAAAUGAGCUAGGCAGUUCAGAGCAAUCAUUUUUGCAAGAAGAUUGUAAAAAUUGUCCAGAGGAGCAAGGACCUUUAAAAGAAGAUCCUGUGCCUUUAAAAGAAGAGUUUCCUCCAUCACCUUCUGAUCACCAGAGCAUUUUAGUGUCCUUAUCAUCCCGAUGUGUUUGGAAGGGGACCGUUUGUGAGAGGUCGCAUCUCUUUCGAAUCAAAUACUAUGGCAGCUUUGACAAACCUCUUGGUAGGUUUUUACGAGACCAUUUAUUUGAUCAGAGUUACCAAUGUCGUUCAUGUGGUAUGCCAUCAGAAGCACAUGUUCACUGCUAUACUCAUAGACAGGGCACCCUCACCAUAUCUGUUAAGAAGCUACAGGAAACUCUCUUACGAGGUGAAAGGGAAGGAAAGAUCUGGAUGUGGCACAGAUGCCUGCGGUGUCCAAGAACCAAUGGUUUCCCUCCAGCUACUCGGAGAGUAGUGAUGUCUGACGCUGCCUGGGGUUUAUCUUUUGGAAAAUUUUUGGAGCUCAGUUUUUCAAACCAUGCUGCUGCAAGCAGGGUGGCAAGUUGUGGCCAUUCUUUACAUAGAGAUUGUCUUCGUUUCUAUGGAUUUGGAAAAAUGGUUGCUUGCUUUCGAUAUGCGUCGAUUGAUGUUCAUUCUGUCUACCUUCCACCACCCAAACUGGACUUCAACUACGAAAAUCAGGACUGGAUACAAAAAGAAAUAGAUGAGGUGGUUGACGGGGCAGAGCUUCUAUUUUCUGAAGUACUCAAUGCUCUUGGCCAAAUAGUGGAGAAAAGAUCUGGUGCAGGGCCACUUAAUAAUGGCAUUAAAACCCCUGAAACGAGGCGCAAAAUUGCAGAAUUGGAAGGAAUGUUGCAUAAGGAGAAGUUAGAAUUUGAGGAAUCAAUCCAAAAGACUUUGAACAAAGGAGCAAAAAAGGGCCAACCUGUUAUUGACAUUCUUGACAUCAAUCGACUGCGAAGGCAGUUACUUUUUCAAUCCUAUUUGUGGGAUCAUCGCCUGAUUUAUGUAGCCAGUUUAGACAAGAAUAACCAUCAGGACAGCUUGAGUAGGUCAAGUCCAGAACAUUUGGAGAAACCUUUUGUUAGUAAUAAGCUUAUGGAAGUGAAUGUGGACAACAAACCAGAGAAAAGUUCCCGUAGUUGUGACUCUCUUGCAGAUGCAAAGCUUAACAAAAGCCCUGAGCAGAGAGGAGGAUAUGCUAGUGACACUAACCAGUCUGAUGCAGUUCAUCAAGAAAAAGACAUGGAUCAAUCAGACCCUAUAGAAUCAGAAGUAAAUGUUCGUAGGACUGUCUCUGAUGGGCAGUUCCCUAUCAUGGCAAGUUUGUCGGAUACCCUUGAUGCUGCAUGGACAGGCGAAAAUCACACUGGAAUUGGAAUACCAAAGGAUAAUACCAGUACACUUCCUGAAUUGGCGGUGACAGAAACUUCAACCACCCCUGCAGUUGCGGAGGGGACGGAUUUGGAGAACCAAGGAGAAGAGAAAAAUAGCAUUAAGGUUUCCCCUAUCCUUUCACCUGCACUGUCCACCAAGAGCCCUGAUAAUGUAGAAGACCAUGUAGGCUGGUUAGGGAUGCCUUUCUUAAACUUCUACCGUUCAUUCAACAAGAAUUUUUCAGCUGGUGCUCAAAAGUUCAAUUCAUUGAGCGAGUAUAAUCCAGUCUACAUUUCUUCCUUUCGGCAGUUGGAACUUCAAGGUGGCGCCAGGCUUCUUCUUCCUGUUGGUGUUAAUGAUACUGUGAUUCCAGUAUAUGAUGAUGAACCCACCAGUAUUAUAUCUUAUGCUCUAGUAUGCCCAAAAUAUCAUAUGCAACUGAUUGAUGAGGGUGAAAGGCCAAAAGAUGGUGGGGAUUUAGUAGCUUCCUUACCACAUGUGGAUUCAGUGAAUUCCCAGUCAUUCCUUUCUGUUGAUGACAUAGCCUCUGAAUAUCAUAGAAGUCUUGGGUCUUCAGAUGAUAGCAUUUUAUCCAUGUCUGGAUCUCGUGGCUCCCUGAGUUUAGACCCACUCUCAUAUACAAAGGCAUUGCACGCCAGAGUUUCUUUUGGAGAUGAUGGCCCUCUUGGUAAGGUGAACUAUACUGUGACUUGUUACUAUGCCAUGCGUUUUGAAGCCUUAAGGAAGAUUUGUUGUCCUUCUGAGCUUGAUUUCAUAAGGUCUCUUAGCCGUUGUAAAAAGUGGGGUGCCCAGGGUGGCAAGAGCAAUGUAUUCUUUGCGAAAACCUUGGAUGAUCGAUUUAUCAUUAAACAAGUCACCAAGACAGAGUUGGAGUCGUUUAUUAAAUUUGCUCCUGAAUAUUUCAAGUACCUAUCUGAAUCAAUAAACUCAGGAAGUCCAACAUGCCUGGCAAAGAUUCUGGGGAUCUAUCAGGUAACAUCUAAGCAUCUUAAAGGUGGGAGAGAGACAAAGAUUGAUGUUCUGGUUAUGGAGAAUCUUCUGUUUCGAAGAAACGUGACCCGGCUGUAUGAUCUUAAAGGAUCUUCUCGAUCACGGUAUAAUCCUGAUUCUAGUGGGAACAACAAGGUUCUGCUGGAUCAGAAUUUGAUUGAAGCAAUGCCAACUUCUCCUAUUUUCGUGGGAAACAAGGCAAAGCGAUUGUUGGAAAGAGCUGUUUGGAAUGACACCUCAUUUCUAGCAUCAAUUGAUGUAAUGGACUACUCAUUACUGGUUGGGGUGGAUGAAGAGAAGAAUGAGUUAGUUCUUGGGAUCAUUGAUUUCAUGAGGCAGUAUACAUGGGACAAACAUCUUGAAACAUGGGUGAAGGCUUCAGGCAUCCUUGGUGGGCCAAAAAACGCAUCACCAACUGUAAUUUCACCAAAGCAAUACAAGAAAAGGUUCAGGAAAGCAAUGACUACAUAUUUUCUGAUGGUUCCAGAUCAAUGGUCUCCACCAAGUAUUAUUCCAAGUAAAUCCCAGUCUGACUUAUGUGAAGAGAACACACAAGGUGGGACCUUGGUUGAAUGAUAUACUGUUAGUCUUUGUGCUUGUACAUUUACACAUGUAAUUUGGAACUACAAUUCCCACAUCAUCUUUUUUGCCUUUUUGAUAUAAGUUCCCAGUCCUAUAUUUCUAUUCUUUUUGGGUAGCGGUUUCAUAUGUAUUUUUAACAAGAGAAAUUCAUAAUUAUUUGUUAGAAGAUGCAGAAGAAGGCUGGUGAAGCCAUAGAGAUUUCUGUCGGGGGUUAUAAUAUUGGAUGACCUCUCCAUGAAAUCUUUGUACAAAAUUCAUUUUAUGUAUUUAGCAUUGUAAUGUGUAUUUAUAUUACAUCUUAAAAUUUUGAAAUUAA